AUGACGUUUGAAUAAUGACAGCUGAAAGAUAAUUUUCCAAAAAAUUAAAGUUGUUCGAAAAAUCUUGCGACGAUGGCCAGCUUAAUUAAAGGGCUUCAACUUGCCCAACAAAUUUCAAAGAAUUCUUCAAUUCUUUUCACUGCCUCCAGAACUGCUUCCCAUUGGAACAAGGAUUUCAAACCAGGUCCAUUCCCAAAAACCCAAGAAGAACGUGAAGCAGCAGCCAAAAAAUAUAAUCUGCUACCAGAGGAAUAUCGCCCCUAUGCAGAUGAAGGUCUGUACUAUGGUGACUACCCUCAUUUGCCAGAAGGUCCCAAUGGGCUAGGUGUUGAGGCUAAGGAUAAUUACUAUCCAUAUGAUUAUCCCGAACACAAAAGGAACUUCAAUGAACCGGUUCAUGCCCAAAUCGAUUUGAUUGGUGAGGAUCGUUACAGUCAACCUGAAAAAACACGUUUGGAGAAUUGGCAAUACUUUGCCAGUUUCUUUGGAUUUAUGACAGGCUGCUUUGUUCUGUAUUACUGGUUGGAAGACAAGAAAAUGUUCCGACCAGUUCUGCCCAAGCAGUACCCUGGAAAGGGCAAAGUACAUUAUACUUUCGAGCCGAAUAACUAAUGAAAAUUAUGAUUUUGCAAUUUAGUAGCGAUAAUUUAUGAAAUAAAUAAAGAAGAUGGCAAUUAAUGAUUUGUUGAUCAAAUUGGGAAAAUUA